AAGCUCGGAGAGGCUGCGGCGGGGCCGGGGCGCGGAUGCUGGAAGUUCACAUCCCCUCGGCGGGGCCUGAGGCCGAAGGGCGCAGGCAGAGUCCGGAGAAAGGCCACAUGGUGUUCCAAGUGGAGGUGCUCUACAGCGGACGCAGACACACCGUGCCGAGGCGCUACAGCGAGUUCCACGCUCUCCACAAGCGGAUCAAGAAACGGUACAAAGUGCCCGACUUUCCCUCCAAACGCCUGCCCAACUGGAGGACCAGAGGAUUGGAGCAGCGCCGGCAGGGCUUGGAGACCUAUAUCCAGGGCAUCCUGUACCUGAAUCAGGACGUGCCCAAGGAGUUACUGGAAUUUCUGAGACUUAGACACUUCCCUCCAGACCCCAAGGCCAGUAGCUGGAGCACCCCGGGGGAAUUCCUACCUAGCGACACCAGCUCACAGCUGCACCACCAGCCCGUCAUUGGCUUCUGUAUGGAUCCUUACGUUUACACUCCUUCCCCAGAUCCUCUCGCAGAAGUGGUGGUGACCGGUGUGCUCCAGGGUCUCUAUGGCUUCAGCACUGGCCCAGCACCAGCCCAGCCAAAGGCUAACUGUCAUCCUGCUCCAUCGCCAACGGCCUGACUAGCCCGGCUUUGGGCCACCAGUCAGGAUAGUUGUGUGUCUCAGUCCUGGGAGUUCCAUGUAAGAGCCUGGGUUUUCCCUUGGACUAGACUCAGGUGUAACUAGGCGAGGCUCAGUUGUGCCCAUCUGCACUCAGGGCUCUGAACUGGCAUGCACUGAGAGCUGUAGCUUGCAGAACUCAAGAUCCUUAGAGCCAGGGUCAAUGCAAAGUCAAGAUAAAGAAGUGCAAAGUAAUUUCAGAGGUAGGCUGAGGAGACUCGGGUGGGUUUUCUAGCCCAGGCUGGCGGGUGGCAGAAGCUAGCAGGGUGAGGCAUGGUGGCAGCUAGAAAGCCUGACGACCAGGGUAGACAGAACCUAGGUAUCAGCUGAGGCACGAACCCAAUGAAGAGGCAUGCAUCUGUCAGCACACAAGA